AUGACUGACCAAGGAGAAAAUCUUAUCGUGUCCAGCGAAGAUGUCAACAGCAAUGGGACGGAGAGCGAAGCGGUUCACUCUUUUGCUGACCUUCCACAAGACAUUUUGAAGGAAAUAAUGUCUCGUCUUCAUUUAAGAGAUGUAUACCGCUCGUCGACAAAUAAAGAUGCCAACAACGAUGCGGUAGAGAGGAAGUCGGUUCCCAGUUUUAGUGAUCUUCCAAUAACUAUUUUGGAAGUGAUACUCUCUUAUCUUUUGCUAAAAUAUAAUCUUCGUGCAUCAGCUGUUUUCAAGGCAUGGCAUAAAGCCGCUGAAUUGGUUCGUAUUGUGGAACAACAUCCUUGGGUUAUCUCCUUCCCUAAGAGUGGUGACUUGGUUAAUCUUUUCGAUCUGUUGAAACGGAUGAUGUACACACUGAACUUGCCUGAGUUAGCUAGAACCAGUGUUUGCUACUCGAAAGACGGAUGGUUGCUUAUGCGUAGAUCAAGCUUGGUAGACAUGUUCUUCUUCAACCCAUUUACUCGAGAGCUCAUAAGAUUUCCAAAGUGUAAAUUGUCGUAUCAGGUCAUUGCUUUCUCUUCUGCUCCUACAUCAGGUACUUGUGCGGUGGUGGCGUUUAACCCAGCUACUCCAAGAUAUCGUAUGGCUAUAAGCAUUUGCUAUACUCGAGCAACUAAGUGGAUUAUUAAGGAGUUUCAAGAUUGUCUUCCUUUCAAGAGGCUUAGCAACCUUCUCUAUGUCAAUGGUCACCUCUAUUGCUUUGCCUCGGGAGCGCGUUUGUUUGACUUUGACAUAGCUUCUCGCACAUUGAGUUCUGAAGAUUGGGAUGAACCUAGAUACCUUUAUGAUAUUCAUAAUGAUGAAUGGUUGUAUCAUGCAAAGAGAUGUUACUUGGUGGAGCAGAAAGGAGAGCUCUUUCUCAUGUAUACAUGUGGCCCCGAGAACCCAAUGGUGUAUAAACUAGUCUCUUCCAACUGUGUAGAGAUGAAUGGUAAUGAUUUUAACGGUUUGACAAUCUUUGCGAGUCUCUACUCCUUAGAGACGGGAAUGAAUAUUCCAGGGAUGAGGAACAGAGUGUACUUUCCAAAGUAUGAUCUACAUCAGAAGUAA